CGGCCGGUAUUACCGCCGUAGGAGUCGUACGCGUAAGCCUGUCGGUCGCUUUCCCGAUCGCGGAAGGAAAAAAGGAAAGACGAGACAGAGACUCGGCGGCCGCCACGGGGAAAGUAUCGGGCCGCUCGGAAAGAAACGCGCUCAGCUGUGAGCCUCGGCCGGGAACUCUUCUCGCGCACUCUGAAUUUAAAAUCUCGCGAAACCCCCGAGACGGGUUUCGCGAAAUCUCAAAAUCGCCGAGGCCGCGAACCGCGCCGGCCCUUCGUCCCUCGUCGCGAGAACGUCGCGGGAUUCUGACGCGAUCGUCGAGACGAUCCCGUCGACGUCGCUUCCCAGACGCGCCGACGACCGCGGAACGCGAGUGCUCGUACGUCCGAUCGACGCGAGUCGACGCCCGAGCGGACAAGACGAGCGGGUGCAAAUUCUACUCGGACCUCAGUUUCGCGGAUCUCAACUCCCCGUGAAUCCCCGGGCCGAACUGGACGCGAGGAUGAGCUCGAAGGACGAGUGGGACUACUUCCGAAAUGGACCCAGCACGUGGGUGACGAAGUUCCCCAUGGCAGCCGGCUCCAGACAGAGCCCGGUGAACAUCGAGACCAAGCGGGCGGAGUCCGAUCACGAGGCUCUGAGCAGCAAACCCCUGCGUUGGAAAUAUCCCUCCACCGCAUCCCGGAAGCUGAUCAAUCCCGGUUACUGCUGGCAGGUGGACACCGAUGCCGAGGGCACAUUUUUGAGCGGCGGACCGCUGAUGGACGACGUCUACAAGCUGGAGCAGUACCACUGUCACUGGGGAUGCAGCGAUUCCAGAGGAUCCGAACACACGGUCGACGGGCAGGCCUUUGCCGGAGAGCUACAUCUUGUGCACUGGAACACAAGCAAGUACAAGACCUUCGCCGAAGCCGCGAAAGCUUCUGACGGUCUGGCCGUUCUGGGGGUCUUCCUUAAGGUCGGCAAAACCCACGAAGAAAUGGACAAAAUCGCCCGACUGCUACCGUACGUCUCGCACAAGUACGAGGUCGUGGAAAUUACGGAACCUAUUGACCCCGGUAAACUUCUUCCCGUGCGCGGCGGACGGGCCGGCACGCAGAGAUGCGUGAAUCCGUGCAUGCGCUGGGCCGACCGAAUCAUACCACGCCACGAGAACAAAUGGGAUUUCCAAGACGACAACGGAUACUGGACGUACUUGGGCUCGCUGACGACGCCGCCGUGCAACGAGAGCGUCACUUGGAUCCUCUUCAAAAAGUACAUCGAGGUGUCCCAUCAUCAGCUCAACAUCUUCCGCAAUCUGCGAAAGUUUCCGCGCGGCGAGGAGUGCCCUUGCCACGAGAACCACGGAGUGGUGAUGAACAACUUCCGUCCACCGAUGCCGCUGGGAAAUCGCGUGUUGCGGGAGUGCGGGAGUUUCUGAUCGUCGGCCCCCACCCGGAAAAUGACAACAGACGAGAGAGACAGAAAGAGACAGAGGACGGAAUGACUUCCGAUCCUCUCUGCGCUCUUUGCGAACCGUCGACCCCGAAGCGACGACCGAUGUUAGCCGCCGACGCGGACGCACCGCCAGCGUCCAACGUGCCUUCCGAUUUAAUCAACGAAAAGACUCGCCUUGCGUUUCGCGAGGCGCCAGCCUUGCUUUCUUUGUAGUCGACUCCGUCGAGUUAGCAGAGAGACUUCCGCCGCGAGCAGGAAAUUCCUGGAGACGAAUCGAGAAUAGUUGAUAGCUUUAGCUCGCGCCACGGUGAGCUGCGACUUGCGAGCUCGCCGCGUACUCCCUGUUAUUUAACGCAGUUACACACUAAGCUAACAAUAAGUAGGCCUUACCAAUCUAACUGGCACCGUUAUCGAAGAAUCACUAUGUGAAUUCAUGCAUCACGCAAAACCAAAGCGCCGAUCUUACAAAAAAUCGCAUUACUCUGCAAAAAUGGUAAAUUUCACGUAAGAUAACUAUACAUAGCGCGUC